AUAGGAGGAAGCAAACGAGUCGCAAAACAUUCUGUCAAAGUUGUUGCUGUUUUCGACUUUUGUGCUUAGGAAAAUUUUUUCGCUCAUUGUAAUAAAAGAAUAUUACACAAAAACAAAGAAAAUGUUGAAAAGUUAAAACCAGUACGAAACAACUAAACUUUCAUCGAUUGUGGCCAAGUGUAAUGAACAAAUCGAAAACGUUAAAUACGCAGCAACAGCCCGAGCGAAAACACGGCGUAGAGACUUUAGACAGACUGAGGGUAAACAGAAGUAGCAAAAAAGAAAGAAUAUAACAAAAUUAGUUGAAAUCGAGCAGGAAUUGUGCGUCCAUUGCCAAGUUGGGUGAAGGACAAUCUUUAUCAGAUUUACCAACGCAACGCAUUUAGCUUAGCUAACGUGCUCAACGCUGGCGAUGGAAAAUUUGCAAGGGCGUAGCUCAGGCGGUGGUAAUGAUACGCUAUUCAAAAAUAAUUCUGACACAGAGAACUUAAGUAUUAGUCGCUGCAGCAAAUCGGCGCAUGUAGGCGCUGGCUUUGGUGCAACCAAGGCUUUUGUGCCAGUGCAGGGUGAAUGUAAUUGUCUAGGUGGUGGUGGUGGUGGUGGUAGUGUCAGCGGUAGCAGCACCAGCUGGUUGUCUUGCGGCCAACAACACAUAAACAAUAACAACAAUAAUAAUUCAACGGAUGUGCAAAGCAAGUGCAAUGUCGACAUAACAACAACGACAGCGAUGACGGCCACUGCAAGCAUUGUAACAGUGGCGUUAGCAAAUGUGACAACAGAUGCGUCAUGUACCGGUAUCGGGCAAAUAAGCAGCGCUGGUGAUGGUGGUGGUGGUGCUGGAGUAGAAGUUGACAGUUGCGAAAGCAAAGCGGUUGGGGUUGUACGCACAGGCUUUGGUAUGACAGACAGCAUGAGCCUGACAGGUGCCAGUGCUAAAACUAACGGCGGCACAGAAGUUAAGCUAAAUGGUGGUACUAGCAUAACAUUGGACACACCUACAUCACCACAGGAUGCAAUGGCAGCGUCAGCAGCAGUGGCGACUACACCUAGCGAUUUCCACGCAUGUACUUUUGAUGUAUUCUCAGCAGCCGCGGCUGCAGCUGGAGCGGUCUCGCGCAGCGCCUCGCUCAACAACUCCACCGAAAAUCUAAGCUAUACAAGUGAUAAUUACUAUGGCGACGAUUUGUUGCUGUUGGAAGGCGAUGAUGAUGUAGACGAUGUGGAUGUGGAUGCCGAGGAGAUUUCACUCAACUCAGAUGACUGUGUUUACGCGUACCGCGGUGACGGUGCCGAUUUUGAUCUCGCUUUAGAUACCAUUUCCGGACGUGGCCAUGGCACUGGCAAUACCUGCAUGGUCGAUGAUGAAACGGACUUUCUUGAAAUGGAUUUUGAACCGGACCCUUUGUCAGAGGUAGAAUAUGGUUCCGUGGAGACGGCACCUGGACACGCCGAUGCAUUUCUAAUGCAACGCGAUGCCUGCCAUUUGAGUGGCCGUCAUUCGGCGACGCUGGGACACUUUGGUAGUGGCGCAGCAGCUGCGCAAAGGCUCCUCUUCAGCUCGCCCAUCGAUGAUAGUUUGCCACCGCCACCCGCUAAAACACUGCAAUCGCAACUGAUGUUAAGCAAGAACUUUGCGCGUAUCACAAUGCAUUUGGAUCAAAUCAAGGGCGAGAACGGCGACAGCGAUGCUUACGAGCAUGUGCAAAGUGAUCGCGCCACUGCACUGGGCAUGGCGGACGACACAGUGGAUGCGGUGCCAACACCCAAUGUGAUUAACACGGCGCACUCGCUGCCCAAUGCGUUGCUCUCGAAUUUCGGACGUGAUUUACUGCACGCGAAAGAGGAGGGCAAGUCCAGUCCAUCGAAAGUGACAGGCGCCAAACCGAAACGCUUCUCCACAUUUUCUACAUCCUCAUCCACAUCUUCCAAGAAUUCAUCGAAAUCGCGCAAUUCGCUGCGCUCCACAUAUGCGCUGACAACACUCUGUAAUAGCACCAGCUUCGAUGAGCGUAGCGCCAGCUGCGCCGAGUUUCGUUGCUCGGCGCCCAAGAUCGGCAUGAGCACGGAGAAUUGCAUGCGCGCCGAAACCAAUCUAGUCAGCAACACAGCCAGCGCAGCGGCGCCCAACGACUGCGACGAUCUGAGCGCCAACGACGACACCUGUCUGGAUUGCUUGGAGAAGGAGUUUCUCGCCAACACCAUUGGCAAGGCCAUCGACAUGAACGAGUGUGCGCGCUGUCGCAAGCGCAGUAGCAGCAGCAUAGCGCUCUUCAAGCGCGCCACACAUAGCGCGUCGGCAGGCAAGGCGCGCUGUCGCAGCGGCUCGCCAUUGGUGCUGCGCGACGCGCACGAUGAGUGCUUGCUCGGCACGGCGAUCGGUGAUUACUUGCAACCGCGCAGUGUGGACUGGGCCAGUUCGGCCUUCCGCGACAUACGCAUGAUGAAGGACGACAGAUGGCUGGGCGACAGCGUGAGUUGCGAUGAUAGCGGACCGUGCGCUGCCGGCGAUCCGAAGCUGAAGUUGAAACCGCGCGUGCGUACGCGUGUGCGUGCGCGCACCUGCGACGCCGAGGUGUUGCAGCAAUUCAAAAGUGAGGAGGACGCGUCGCAACAGGGACGCACGGCGGGGGGUGAUAGUUGCGGCGAGAACGAGCAUCUCUUAAAAAAUUUACUAUUGACUGAAAAGGAAACUGUUACAGUUCCCACUUUAAAUUUAAGCGAGGAGUUACUAGUGCAGGCACUGGAUAAACUUAAUGUUACAUAUAAUUUGGAACUGAUCAAAUCACAUCUCUAUUAUGUCUCGAAUACUGCUACAACGACAACAACAACAACAACAACACAAAUGCCUAUAGUGUUGGGUAAACAGAAAAGCUUGCAGGAGUUCAAGGAUUUGAAGCAUUUGCUGUUGCAUGAAUCGAAGCAGCAUGGCAACCAUCCGAAACUCAAGCGUUUGAUUGAGUUGGCCACGCGACAGCAGGUGGCGGUGGAGUUUCAGCGGGACGCCAAGGACAGCGCAACAGCAUUUGUGCCUGUCAAAGUCGCCGUUAUACUGCAGCAAUGGGUGCGCACGAAGAAUCUCAAUGUGCUCAAGCAUUUGGAUAAGCGUUUUGUCGAGGCGAAUGUUUUGGGUAAAAUCGCCAAUAUCAUACGGCAGGCGCAGCAGCGUUGCACACCGCGCCGCCCACUGCCCGAAUACAUAUUGAUACCACAGUAUUAUCCGGCUGGUGUGCUAAGGCUAACAAGAAAAACUUAAAACUCUGCACUACACUAAGGAACUGCGAUUUGUAUGGCUGUUUUACACAUAUAUUUAAUUUCAAAUAUAAAAGCAACAAAAACUUUUAUGAAUUAUUAUGCGCGCUGAUGUGGGUCACUUACUAUAAGCUCAGACAUAAGCACACGCAUAUACACACGCUAUGCUUAAACGAAUGCAAUAUUAUUACUUAAAAAAAUAAAAAAUUUAUACACACAUAUAUAGUAUAUAUAGUAACUGAUAUCGAAGCAAAAACAAAAACAAA